AGGCGUGUGCGGAAGCGUUACAGAUAGACUCUUCUCCCUCGCCACCUAUUUCAUACGUGUAUCGAUUAUCUCCGACUAUCCGGCUUUAUUUAUCUACCCUCCUCUCUGAUUCUGCGGAUCUCUCUUCUUCUAAUGUCUUAGUCGUAGGACUUGUCACCUCUGGUUUCGUCCCAAGUUUAUCACUCUUAACUCGUCCCCUCCUUAUUUGCUGAUUUGUCUCCGGACGCUGUUAUUUGGGUACUUUCUUUCUGGCCUUUUCCAAAGAAAAUCUUCCCGAGUUUGAGGAGGCUCAAACUGAGUAUCGGUACCCAAUAAAACGAGCUUGUCUUCCUGCUUUUCUUGGAUCUUAAACGGAUCAAGACUGGGGCGUUGUGUCUGAUUCAGAAGAAGCUAUGUCAGUGAGGCGAGCUCUCGUGCCUGCUUCGUCGAGCAUGCUUUACAGGCUUGCAGGCCGGCGAUCCUUUGCGUCGCGGUCCGCUUCAUCCUUGCAACAGGCAUGUCUUGACACCAUCAGGAGUGAUGAAGAAGAUGCUGAUAUUAACUGGGAUGACCUUGGGUUUGGUCUCGUACCGACCGACUACAUGUAUGUAAUGAGAUGUGGACGAGAUGAGAAAUUCUCAUCCGGAGUGCUUAAUCGGUAUGGAAACAUUGAGUUGAGCCCAUCAUCAGGAGUCCUAAAUUAUGGGCAGGGUCUAUUUGAAGGUCUGAAAGCAUAUCGGAAAGUAGAUAAUGGUGGUUUCUUGCUCUUUAGGCCAGAAGAGAAUGCACGUCGAAUGCAAAUGGGUGCAGAGAGACUGUGCAUGCCAUCUCCAUCAGUUGAACAGUUCAUUCAUGCCAUCAAAGAGACAAUAUUUGCCAAUAAACGAUGGGUGCCUCCUCAAGGAAAAGGUUCACUCUAUAUCAGACCACUACUAAUAGGGAGUGGACCGGUGCUUGGUUUGGCUCCAGCACCAGAUUACAUGUUUCUAGUCUAUGCUGCUCCUGUGGGUACAUAUUUUAAGGAGGGUUUGGCUCCAAUCAAUCUAGUAAUAGACGAUAACACUCAUCGUGCCACUCCUGGUGGGACUGGUGGUGUGAAGACAAUUACCAAUUAUGCACCGGUUCUCAAGGCACAGACACAAGCUAAGGCUAAAGGAUUUACGGAUGUUUUAUAUCUUGAUUCUAUUAAGAAAAAAUAUUUGGAGGAGGCCUCUUCAUGCAAUUUGUUCAUUGUGAAGAAUGAUGUCAUUUCAACACCGGUUACUAUGGGAACCAUUUUACCAGGAAUCACCCGCAAAAGCAUCAUUGAAAUAGCUCGUGAUUAUGGAUACCAGGUGGAGGAACAGCUUGUCUCUGUCGAGGAUCUGAUGGAUGCUGAUGAAGUAUUUUGCACAGGAACCGCUGUGGUUGUUGCUCCAGUAGGCAGCAUUACUUAUCAAGGCCAAAGGUUUGAAUAUAAAACAGGAGCUGCAACUGUCACUCGAAAGCUAUAUGAUAUCCUCACCGCAAUUCAAAUGGGGCGGGCAGAAGACAAGAAAAGAUGGACGCUUGAAAUUGUCCCAGACUUUUUGUAUACAUGCAUCAGAAUCGUGCGUAAGCAAAUUAUGAAUCUGAAAGGAAAGUGUAUUUAAACAUUGAUUAUGACCAUGUUGGGAGCUCACAGUCCCAACAUAUUAUGCAUCUAAUGGUUUGCCAUCAUAUGGUGAGGCAAGCGUAUCCUUUUAAUUAUUAGGUUUGCUAGAUCAUCCUUUCUUGUGUACAAAUAAAGUUAGCCUUUAUCUUUAGAGUGAGAGAAUUACUGAUGAAUUUUGCAUAGCCUAUGAAACAACAUGUAUUAUUAUAUUAUUGUUAUUAUUAUUAUUAUUAUUAUUAUUAUUGUAUUUAUUUAUUUAUUUAUUUAUUUAUUUAUUUAUUUAUUUAUUUAUUUAUUUAUUUAUUAUUAUUAUUAUUAUUAUUAUUAUUAUUAUUAUUUUUAUUAAUAUAUAGUGCGAGCAGCGAUAAAAAAGGCCUAAUAAUUUACGACCUCGCCCACGAUGAUCAAUCAGGCCCAACCAAAACGGACGGACGGACGGACAGUACUAGCGUGAACACGAAUCCUAAAGUCUCUCGCCUUCUUUACCAAUCGGCUUCAUCAUAGCUUGGGGUUGUGAGGCUUGCGAGGCAUGCGGAAGCAGUCGAAAGUGAUGCUGAAGAGAAAACCCUAACCGAGGCGGAAAGAGAGGAUUCGACCGUCGGCACCACGGAUGAUGGCUUCGGUGAUCACGGCUUCUUCCGGUUCGAUGUACCUGGUCACAAGUAAAAUAAUAACUCACUGUAGCUGUAGAACCUUUGACCAUCAUGGCUUCUAUCCUUCUUCAAAAUACCACUUAAAGUGGCAACCUAUAAGACAUUCAAUAAUGAAAUUGCAAGCUGCUGGAAAGUUUGCUCAACCAAACAAAGCUACUAGUUAUUUCAAAGAUUUGGCAGAUAGGAUAUGGGAGGCCUAUCCUAAAUCGCUCAAAGAGUUUCCUUGGGAGGAAGCUAAAGAUAUGGUUCUUCGCCAAUUGUUCUUUCUUGGAAAAAAGGCUCUCAGGUGGUCCUUCAUUGGGCUGUAUGCUAUAAGCUUUUUAUCGGACAUAUCUCUUGCUAUCUCAAGAGAUAGAGAACUUCUUGUACCAAUUGGCCUGUUUGUUGGUGUAUCAUUGGCAGAUUUCAUAAAGGAAUCCUUGCAAGAGUUUUUGAAAAGUCGCAUAGAGGAUGGAGACCCUAAUACAAAUCUUCUGGGCAUUGGAUCAUUUUUUGUGUUUGUUAAGUUUGUUUCUUUGUGCUUCAAACUGCAAGGUAAGGUGCUUCUUUCGCAUAUUGGCAAUGGUGGACUGAUGCAAGUUCUGUGGUUGGUGAGAAAGUUGCAGCAGACAGAUGAUAUCAAGAAUCAGAACGCACCGUCGACUGAUGCAAGUACUGUGGUUGGUGAGAAAGUUGCAGCAGACAGAUGAUAUCAAGAAUCAGAAUGCGCUGUCGGUCAAUGGUCCCAGUCCUACCAGUUUAAUUAAUAAUACCUACAAGCCUGUUCUUUGAGAAAAAUGCUCUCUUGAGUUUGACAACAAGAACAAGAUUGUUGUUCUUUGUUAUGUGAUUUAUGGAUUGAGGAGGUUAUUGUACUCAACAUACGAUAGUGUGGCUCAGAGAAAUCAAUCAACUUUUUACCUA